GAGCCCUAGGGGAACAGGAGACCGCUGGGCGGGGAGCGGAAGGCUGCUCCCACCGCCCCCGAGGGCCUCCUCCUCCGCCCCUGGCGGCGCUCCUGCCGUGGCGCCUGCGCGGCCUGGAACUACAAAUCCCAGCGGCCCCCGCGGCCCGGGCCGGAAGUUCUGUCCGGCUGCGGCGACGGUGAGGGCGGCGGCCCGGCGGCGGGAGAUUCAAACCUGGAAGGAGGAGGACCAUGGAGCGGCGGAGAGCGGGCGCGGGCCCCGCGCUGUAUGAGCGCCUCACAGCUGAGGAGAUGGAUGAGCAGAGGCGGCAGACUGUUGCCUAUCAGUACCUGUGUCGGCUGGAGGAAGCCAAGCGCUGGAUGGAGGCCUGCCUGAAGGAGGAGCUUCCUUCCCCGGUGCAGCUGGAGGAGAGCCUCCGGAAUGGAGUGCUGCUGGCCAAGCUGGGCCACUGCUUUGCGCCUGCCGUGGUUCCCUUGAAGAAGAUCUAUGAUGUGGAGCAGCUGCGGUACCAGGCAACCGGCUUGCACUUCCGGCACACGGACAACAUCAACUUUUGGCUGUCUGCAAUAGCCCACGUCGGCCUGCCUUCGACCUUUUUCCCGGAGACCACAGACAUCUACGACAAGAAGAACAUGCCCCGGGUGAUCUACUGCAUCCACGCGCUCAGUCUCUUCCUCUUCCGGCUGGGACUGGCCCCUCAGAUACAUGAUCUGUAUGGGAAAGUGAAAUUCUCAGCCGAGGAACUCAGCAACAUGGCCUCUGAGCUGGCCAAAUACGGCCUCCAGCUGCCUGCCUUCAGCAAGCUCGGGGGCAUUCUGGCCAAUGAGCUGUCGCUGGACGAGGCUGCAGUCCACGCAGCUGUCCUUGCCAUCAACGAGGCCGUGGAGCGAGGGGUGGUCGAGGACACCCUGGCUGCAUUGCAGAAUCCCAGUGCCCUGCUGGUGAAUCUUCGAGAGCCUCUGGCGGCCAUCUACCAGGAGCUACUGGCCCAGGCCAAGGCGGAGAAGGCCGCCAGUGCCCAGACCCGCGAUGGUGGAGAGAGCCGGGAUGUGUAUGAUAGCUUCCUGACUCAGGCUGAGAUCCAAGGCAACAUCAACCACGUCAACGUCCAUGGGGCUCUAGAAGUUAUUGAUGAUGCGCUAGAAAGACAGAGCCCUGGCGCCCUGCUGGAGGCCCUUCUGGACCCUGUGCUGGCCCUGCGAGGGGUCCGGAGGGACUUUGCUGACUGGUACUUGGAACAGCUGAGCUCAGACAGAGAACAGAAAGCACAGGAGCUGGGCCUGCUGGAUCUUCUGGAAAAGGAGGAGGUCCAGGCCGGUGUGGCUGUAGCCAACAUGAAGGGUGAUCAGGAACAAGCCAUGCUCCAGGCCGUGUGCAGGAUCAACAGAGCCAUCCAGAGCGGGGUGGCCGCUGCUACCGUGAAGGCGCUGGCGUGCCCCGAGGCCCGGCUGCCUGCAGUGUACCCCCACGCCCCGGCUGCGUACCAGCACGAGCUGACGGUGCUCCAGCAGCAGCGGGGAGGGGGGCUCAGCCACGAGGAGCUCUUUGUCGCCGUGGAGAUGCUGUCGGCCGUGGUCCUGAUCGACCAGGCACUGGAGGCCGGGGACGUCGGCAGCUUCUGGAGCAGUCUGGUGAACCCCACCACGGGCCUGGCCCAGGUGGAAGGAGAGAACGCUCAGCGUUACUUUGAUGCUCUGGUGGAGCUGCGACGUGCACUGGACGGGGCCGUCUUGAGCUGGAACGACCUGCAGGCCACUGUGCACCAGGUCAACGCCCAGGUGCAGGAGGAGACCGACCAGGUCCUCGCGGUCAGCCUCAUCAACGAGGCUCUGGACCAGGGCAGCCCCGAGAAGACCCUGUCUGCCCUCCUGCUUCCCUCGGCCGGCCUGGACGACGUCAGCCUUCCUGUCGCCCCUCGGUACCAUCUCCUCCUCGUGGUGGCCAAGAAGCAGAAGGCCCAGGCGACCGGGGACCCCGGAGCCAUGCUCUGGCUAGAAGAGAUCCGCCAGGAGGUGGCUAGAGCCAACCAGGACACAGACGCUGUGCAGAGAAUGGCUCUCGGUGUGGCCGCCAUCAAUCAGGCCAUCAGGGAGGGCAAGGCAGCCCAGACGGAGCGGGUGUUACGGAACCCCACCGUGGCCCUCCGAGGGGUGGUUCCCCACUGUGCUGACAGCUACCAGCGGGUCCUGGAAGAAGCCAUGGCAAAGAAGCAGCACCCAGCAGACACCGCGCUCUGGGUCCGACACGACAUGAAGGAUGGCUCAGCCUACUACUUGCACCUGCAGACCUUCCAGGGGACCUGGGAGCGGCCCACUGGCUGCCGCCUGAAUAAGUCCCACCUGACUCGGGAGGAGAUCCAGUCGGCUGUCACCAGGGUCACCGCUGCCCACGACCGCCAACAGCUCUGGAAGGCCAACAUCAGCCUUGUCAUCCAGCUCCAGGCCCGCCUGCGCGGCUUCCUGGUCCGGCAGGCGUUUGCAGAACGCUCCCACUUCCUGAGGACCUGGCUGCCGGCGGUCAUCAAGAUCCAGGCUCACUGGCGGGGUUACAGGCGACGGAAGGCGUACCGGGAGCAGCUGCGGUAUUUCAGAGCAAACUCGGAUGCUGUGAUCAAGAUCCAGGCCUGGGCCCGGAUGUGGGCAGCUCGGAGGCGAUACCGGAGGCGUCUGGGAUACUUCCAGAAGAAUGUUAAGUCCAUUGUGAAGAUCCAGGCAUUUUUCCGCGCCCAGAAGGCCCGGGAUGACUACAGGAUGUUAGUCCACGCACCCCAUCCCCCUCUCCGCGUGGUAUGCAGAUUUGCCCACCUCUUGAAUCAAAGCCAGGAGGACUUCCUGGCUGAGGCCGAGCUGCUGAAGCUCCAGGAGGAGGUGGUCCGGAAGAUCCGGUCCAAUCAGCAGCUGCAGCAGGACCUCAACCUCAUGGACAUCAAGAUCGGCCUGCUGGUAAAGAACCGGAUCACCCUGCAGGAGGUGGUCUCCCACUGCAAGAAGCUGACCAAGAAGAACAAGGAGCACCUGGCGGGCAUGAUGGUUCUGGACAAGCAGAAGGGACUGAAGUCGCUGAGCAAAGAGAAAAGGCAGAAGCUAGAAGCUUACCAACACCUCUUCUACCUGCUCCAGACGCAACCCAUCUACCUGGCCAAGCUGAUCUUUCACAUGCCGCAGAACAAAACCACCAAGUUCGUGGAGUCCGUGAUUUUCAGCCUGUACAAUUAUGCCUCCAGCCGCCGCGAGGCCUACCUGCUGCUGCAGCUAUUCAAGACCACGCUCCAGGAGGAGAUCAGGUCAAAGUUGGAGAGGCCCCAGGACAUGGUGACCGGCAACCCCACGGUGGUGAGGCUGGUGGUGAGGUUCUACCGGAACGAGCGGGGCCAGAGUGCCCUGCGGGAGAUCCUGGGCAGAGUCAUCCAGGACGUGCUGGAGGACAGGACGCUGAGCAUCCACACUGACCCCGUUCACCUGUACAAGAGCUGGAUCAACCAGAGCGAGGCCCAGACCGGACAGCGCAGCCACCUCCCCUACGAUGUCACCCCAGAGCAGGCCUUGAGCCACCCCGAGGUCCAGAGACGAUUGGACAUCUCCCUCCGCAGCCUCCUCGCCAUGACCGACAAGUUCCUUGUGGCCAUCAUGUCCUCUGUGGAGCAGAUCCCGUACGGGAUGCGGUAUGUGGCCAAGGUCCUGAAGACCACUCUGGCAGAGAGGUUCCCUGAUGCCUCGGAAAACGAGGUCUACAAGGUGGUCGGGAACCUCCUGUACUACCGCUUCCUGAACCCAGCCAUCGUGGCCCCCGACGCCUUCGACAUUGUGGCCAUGGCCGCAGGCGGCGCCCUGGCCACCUCCCAGCGGCAUGCGCUCGGGGCUGUGGCUCAAGUCCUGCAGCAUGCUGCGGCGGGCAAGGCCUUCUCCGGGGAGAGCAGACACCUGCAGGCCUUGAACGACUACCUGGAGGAGACGCACCUCAAGUUCAGGAGGUUCGUGUGCCGAGCCUGCCAGGUCCCGGAGCCAGAAGAGCGCUUUGCGAUGGACGAGUACUCGGACAUGGUGGCUGUGGCCAAGCCCAUAGUGUACAUCACCGUCGGGGAGCUGGUCAACACGCACAGGCUGCUGCUGGAGCACCAGGACUGGGUCGCCCCCGACCACUGCGACCCGCUGCACGAGCUCCUGGAGGACCUCGGGGAGCUGCCCACCAUCCCUGACCUCAUCGGGGAGGGCGUGGCCGCAGAUGGGAGCCCGGACCUGAGCAAGCUGGAGGUGUCCCUGACGCUCGCCAACAAGUUUGAAGGGCUAGAGACGGACGCGGGCGACACCAGUGCCCGGAGCCUGCUUCUGAGCACCAAGCAGAUGCUAGCCGACAUCAUGCAGUUCCAGCCUGGGGACUCCCUCGAGGAGAUGCUGUCCCUCCCCGCGACCAGAGAGCAGGAAGCGGCCCACAAGCGGCUGACAUGCCAGCGCCGGGCCUGCGAGAGCCAGACCCCGGAGCCCCUGCGCCGGCACCGCUCGCUGACCGCGCACGCCCUCCUGCCGCUGGCGGACAAGCGACGGCGCGUCCUGCGGAACCUGCGCCGGCUGGAGGGCCUGGGGCUGGUCAGUGCCCGCGACGGCUACCAGGGGCUGGUGGACGGACUGGCCAAGGACAUCCGCAGCCAGUGCCGGCAGCGGCAGCGGCGGAAGGCAGAGCUGGGGAAGCUGCAGGCCACGCUGCGGGGCCUGGACGCCAAGACGGCCUUCUGCGAGGAGCAGGGUGACUACUACGGCCAAUACAUCCGGGCCUGCCUGGACCACCUGGCCCCCCGCUCCUCGAGCUCCGGGAAAGGGAAGAAGCAGCCGUUGCUCCGUUACACCGCCGCCCAGCUCCUGGAGAAGGGUGUCCUGGUGGAAAUUGAGGAUCUUCCCACCUCUCACUUCAGAAACGUGAUCUUUGACAUCACGCCUGGAGACGAGGCAGGAAAGUUUGAAGUAAACGCCAAGUUCCUGGGUGUGGACAUGGAGCGGUUUCAGCUUCACUACCAGGACCUCCUGCAGCUCCAGUACGAAGGUGUAGCUGUCAUGAAACUCUUCAACAAGGCCAGGGUCAACGUCAACCUUCUCAUCUUCCUCCUCAACAAGAAACUUCUGCGGCAGUGAUGGAGGCCAUGGGCGCUCCCUGAGCCCUCUUCCCUGCUGGAUGCUAGUCUGACCCGCACUCACCACCGCACUUCCCUGCGGCUCCCCAGCCCGGGGCUUAGGACCCCCGGGGCUCAGGACGGGGCUGAGUGCUGGAGUCCCACACCCCCCCAGCUGGUCACAGGCAGGGUGUUCCGCUAACGGGAGCCUCGCCCUGAGUCUGGCCGUGUGGCUGAUAAGCCCCAGAGCCCUCGCCUCCCUCCAGUAGGGCAUGAGGCCAGGGCCUGCCCUUUGCCUGGGGGAGGCUGCUGCCCUCCCGUGGUCACCCCAGUAUGACCCGCACUGCCCUGGGGCCCGGGUUCCCUCCCGCUCCCUUCUCCCUGCAUGCCCCCAAGCCAGGGCUGGCUGCCCUCUCCCUGCUGCCCACCCCCCUGGCGGCUUGGUCAGGAUGGCCCCCGUCAAGCUCAGAUUUCAUUCCUUUGUGGGUCCCUCGGGGAUUUAUUCUCCCCCAGCACGUGCACCAUGCGUCACUGCGCGGCUUUGAUCAUGGCUUUAAUUCAUGCACCUUUUUGAGCUCAGAGGAGUUGUCGUGUCCCACAUUCACACUAACGUCAGGGCGCCUUGGGUCAGGGGCAGGAAGGACCCCUGUGUGUUGAAGACCCCGUCCGUCCACUUCCUACGGUACAAGGAGCGUCUCUCCCACUCGGGACUCCGACUCUUCUGGGCAGUUUCAGUCCAUCUGCACCCGCCUUCCUGUCCCUCUGCCCCUGAUGUCAUUGGAAUAAAAGCUAUCACCCCA